ACCCAGGAAGUCGUCGUGUUACUUUUCCUCCUCUUCCUCCGCCUCUUUCUGUCUUGUGAGAGACAGCAGAAACUAAAGGUGGUGUUAAGUUGUUUUUACAGCCGGGAAACUAGCAAGAGAAUAGUUUCACAUCCGCUCCACAUUGUCCUCUUGUCUCCGGUUGUAUACAUGCGCUGGUUGUCAUCGAAGAAAUGGCGACAAAAAGAAGACACGCUCAGAGGAUAGAAGAGCAUAAUGAGAGUUGAGGAAUGCCAGAACCACAACCCCAAGAUGAGACCUGUCCCUCAUCAAAUUUCUUCAUUUUUUGCCCUCAUUGACACUGUAUUAAGUGUCAUAAUAACCAGAGUAACUUCAUUGUGAGCCAACAAAGUGUGACUCCAGAUCUCUGAAUAUGUGCUUGUGAUAAUACACAUGCUGCCCUUCCCAUAUCCUAUUCCUAGUGUCUGUAACCAGGACACAUCAUUUUAUUCAAACCCUGUCCUACUGAAACCCUCUCCCUCCCUCUGAGUUUCUGUGCCAUGAUCCGCAAGCGAGGCUCUCUCAUUCUUUGUGGUACGUUCCUGUUUAUCACCUGGAACGCCAUACUUGUGCUUCUGCUGUGGGGCAGACCCCCAUCGGGCCAGACUGGGGAGCAUGGCCAGGGGAAGAGAGAAGUGGCUGAAAGGCCCACCAAUGAUAUGGUGGGAGAUGUGCUCCGAAUGGCAGACACGUUCGAAGCAGAGCUGGAAAUGCAGAGAAAAAUCCUGCUUCAGAUCAAGAAUCAGCAGUCCCUGUGGGAUCCGUCAAACAAAAACGCACCAAAAGUAGUCGUCCCACCCCAGCUUGUGAUACCUAUCCUGGUAAUCGCCUGUAACAGGGUCACCGUGAGGCGCUGCUUGGACAAACUCCUGGAGCUCCGUCCUUCCGCAGAACUUUUCCCAAUCAUCGUGAGUCAGGACUGUGAGCACGCUGAAACUGCUGAGGUGAUCCGUUCUUAUGGAAAUCAAGUGAUCCAUCUGAAACAGCCGGUCUUGUCAGAUAUCGCUGUGCGACCAGAGCACAAGAAGUUCCAGGGUUACUACAAAAUCUCCAGGCAUUACCGCUGGGCUCUCAACCAAGUGUUCAAGACCCUCUCUCAUUCCUCUGCUGUGGUUGUAGAGGAUGACUUGGAGGUGGCGCCAGACUUCUUUGAGUACUUCCAAGCCUUGCUGCCACUCCUAAAAUCUGACCCCACUCUGUGGUGUGUGUCGGCCUGGAAUGACAAUGGUCGGGAUGGCUACGUGGAUCCAGGCAGCGCCAACCUGCUCUACAGGACAGACUUCUUUCCCGGUCUGGGCUGGAUGCUCCUCAGGGAGAUGUGGGAAGAGCUGGAGCCAAAGUGGCCCGCGUCAUUCUGGGAUGACUGGAUGCGUCAGCCAGAGCAGCGCCGAGGCCGUGCCUGUAUACGCCCGGAGAUCUCACGAACUUUAACCUUUGGCCGGAAAGGAGUCAGUCUGGGUCAGUUCUAUGACAAAUACCUGCGAUACAUUAAACUGAACACCGAAUUUGUGCCUUUCACCAAGUUAGAUCUGAGUUACUUAAAGGAGGAGAAGUACAGAGAACAUUUUGAGAAGGAAGUUUACAGAGCUCCUGUAGUUACAUAUGAAGAUGUCAAGCAGGGGCAGCUAAAAGGAACUGGGCCUUACCGCCUUCAAUACUCGAGUAAGGACAGCUUCAAAAUUCUGGCCAAAAACCUGGGAGUGAUGGAUGACUUGAAGUCUGGAGUGCCAAGGACAGGAUACAGAGGGGUCGUCAGUUUCAUCUCGAAAGGACGAAGGAUAUACUUGGCCCCUCCUCCGGGAUGGACCAAGUAUGAUCCCAGCUGGAGCUGAUUAUCCAUUUAAGCGUAUUAGCCUUUUUGUGAUCUCUGAAUGUCUGAGGGAGAAGCAUUACAGACCAAAGACUAAUGUCUCUAAAGUUUAUGUUUGAUUUAAUGAUAUAUACUUUUGAUUAUUGUCUGUGAUGAUGCAGAAUGAAUUUCCCCCCUUUUUGGUGUUGGGGUUAUUGCCAAUGCUACUCAGGUCUUUUUCAUUAUACGAAAAAACUUUUCUUACAGUGUAGGAUACAGCCUUAGACGAUUCUGCAGUAAUUCACAAGAGAUCUAUUUUUAUAUGCUCCUAAAUGUGCAAAUGACACUCAUUAAUGCAUUCAAUACAAUUAACUAGUAUGCCACUAUUGUUUUAAAUUAUUUGCAAUUUAUGGUAGCCUAUGUGACUUGUUUAUGUCUGGUACGAAUAUGAAAAUAUAAUCUGUCGUAUGGUUGUUUAUGGUGUUGGUGACUGGUCAAAGCUGCAGUAUAAUCUAACAUUUGACUCUCAUUUUUGUGUCUUAUAUGAAAAUCAGUUAGUCAAUUGAUUUUCUUGAAUGAUUCUCCAAUGUAUUACCUUACAGGUUUGUUACCUGUGUUUGUAUAUUUUUGGAAUAAAAAACCCAAUUUACUG